AUGAUGGCGACCGUAGCUCAGCUGUCAGGCUUGCAGCGCUCCAUCGCGGCUGCCCUCGCCACCCUCCAGCUUGGCUUCGAAGAGGAGUAUCUCGAGCCGCGCACUGGCUACUCGCUCGACCUGGCGCUGCCCUCUUCACGCGUCGGCGUUGAGGUGGAUGGCCCCUCUCACUUCCUCCUGCCCGAUGACCGGGGCGUGCGCAAGCCCAAGGGGCAAACGCUGCUCAAGCGGCGCCUCCUCGCGGCGGCUGGCUGGAGGGUGAUCAGCGUUCCUUUCUACGAGUUGGACGGCUUGACGGCCGUUGAGCGGCUAACCUACCUGGAGAGGGCGGUCGCCCCGCUGUGUAGUACUGACUGUAGCAUUGCUUGA